UUUUAAAGGGAGAAGCCUCCACUGUGCAGCUCAGGAAGAAGACAAUAAAGAAGAAAAUGAGAAGUGAAGUUUGUGCCGUCCUUAUCCUGGUGAUUCUGUACCAAGGAGAAGCUCUGCAAUGCAACUUCUGUUUCUCCACCGGGGGCAGUCUCUGCACGCCGACCAGCACGCAGAUCUGUUCAGGGAGAGGUGACGGAUGUGCUGCCGUCUUGUUUGGAGCCCCGCUGAAUCGUUCUUUUCGUCAGUGCAUGAACAUGGCGGUGUGUCAGGGAUAUAUCUCAACUCCUGGUGUGUUUGCACGAUGCUGCAGCACCGACCUCUGCAACUGAGCCUCUUCCUCACCGGCUGGACC